AUGCUGCAUUUCCACCACAAGUUGCCCGCGGGGGGAGCCGUGGUCCUGCUCGCCUUCCUCCUCCACGGAUGCGCCGUGCAGGCUGCGUCUCUCCCCCGCCACUACAGGCUCCGAGGCGGGGAGAGUGAUGGGCAGCCGGCUGCCUAUCCACCCAGCACCGACAUGAUCAAAGCCCUGGAGUACAUUGAAAACCUGAAGCAGCGGAACGGGGGUCGGCCCGAACCCGUGGAUUAUGACGAAGUGGACAAAUUCAGGGUCCUGCUUCAGCUCGCCUCGCAGCAGGACGAGGGUCCCGGGGAACGUCAGCCUGCCCCCGGCAUACAGAGGCAGGACAUUACCGCUGAGCAGCUGAUGAAAGCCCUGCUCAAGUCUCUCCAGGAUCAAGCUGCUAGAGACGCAAAGGUCAUCCCCGCGUCGGCCGCCAGGAACGAUCGCCGCACGCAUAGGCACCGCACCAAAGACACUGAAAUCCCCGAGAGCGCCGCACCGGUAGACUACGGUAAUUCUCCCAGACCCCACAAGAAAUAUCCGCUGAUGUUUGAGGACGAGGAGAAUACGGACGCUUCAAAACGGGCCACAGAGGACCUGGACGAGCAGUAUACACCUCAGAGCCUCGCCAAUUUACGCUCCAUCUUUGAAGAGCUCGGGAGGAUGCCCACCGCCACCGGCCAGAAGAGAGGCGUGUUCGGGGACGACGAUGACGACGACGAGGACGUGUUGAGUCUGAGAAACCAAGCCUACGAGGAUGUGGCCGGAGGAGAGGAAUGGGUCCCCGUGGAGGACAGGGAGGAGACGGAGGAGAUGGUCAACAGGAGUCAUGAGGAAAUGGACAGGGCGCUCGGUGAGCAAGACGAAGCCGAGAGGGAGGAAAUGCAACGCCGUGCGAGCCAGAACCAAGAAGAUGCUGAUGAUGACACUAAACUUGUAGAUUACUACCUGUUGAAGGUCCUCGAGAUGAGCGACCAGACGCAGAAGAGGGACAAGAUCGGAGAACAAAGAAAGAGACUGAUUCGCCCCUCCAUUGUGGAUCCCCGGACAGUGAAGGAGUUGCUGGAGCUCUCCCUGAAGCUUCACGUCCCACCACAGGACCUUAUCGAUAUGCUGCUCACAGAGGAGCUCAGAAAGCUCCACCGCAACACCCAAGCCCCGACCCGCUACACAACCGGUCAGACACCCAAGAUCAGGUACUACAGCCGCAGACUGCCGCUGAAGAGCAAACCCGCUCCGGAGGACAUGGACAGAGAGGACUUUCUGGACAUCAUCGGCGUGGAGACUAUCAGUAACGAGUACCCGGUGAUGCAGAGACCCCUGAAGACUUCUCCUUCCUCGGACAGAAUUCCAGCGGUGUCCAAACCUGCUGCUAAUCCAGGACCAGUUAAAAUCCCUCCUCCCUCCGGGCGCAGGGAGAACCUCUUUUUAUCCGAGCUCAACAAGAUGCCCCUGAAACGCCAGACUGACGGCGGGGAUGACGACGAUGAUGACGGCGACGUGGAAGACGAAGUGACGACCUACCUGGCGGCCAAAAUCCUCACAGAGUACCCCAACACCAUCGCCAAGCGGGACACCCAGGCGCAGCUGAAGGGACAGUUCCCCUACGAGCUGUACGAACGAGCCAUGAAAGACUACUUGGGACAAGCGGACACUGACAAAAGGUCAGUAGCCAAGAGGGAAACCGAGAUGGCCACAGAGAAAGUAAAUCCCACAGAGAUGCAGGGGAAAGAGGAAAUCACGGCCAAGACCUCAGCUCCACAGACCGUGAUUGAUGAAGAUGAGGGGCAUCGUGAAAAAACAGUGGCUGGGAUGUAG